AAGGCAGGGAUUGGAGUAAGGAGUGUAAGGCUGAAACUAUAAAAACUCUGAAAAAAAGCUCAGCAUCAGGGCAAAGUUAGGGAGAAAGAGCAUAGCAACGUCUCUUUCAGAUUUGGAUCUCUUGAAUUUUGAACAAGAUGCUGGACUGGAGAUUUGUGGCCACUCACUUGAUCCUGGCCAUUUUCCUGAUGCAAUGGAGCACUGGCAAAGGCCCCGGGGUUGAGGCAGCACCAGAGGCCAUUAACUCCAUAGCUGAGAACGCACAAUCCCACAUUGAAAACACUGAAGAGAAAUCUGCCACUGAACUGACCCAGAAACUCCUGUUCCUCGAUGAGCUGGUCUCCCUGGAAAAUGACGUGAUUGAGACCAAGAAGAAAAGGAGUUUCCCUGUCUUUGGGGCUCCCCUGGACAGACUUUCAGCCGGAUCCUUCAACAUCAAAGGCAAACAGAGAAAAACAGUGGACCUUCCAAAAAGGCGAUUUGGAGUCCCCAUCGAUCGUAUUGGAAGUAACCGUCUUGCAAACACCAGGGGCUAGUAGGAUCCAUGGAUCCUGCUUCCUGGGAUGACAUGUGACAGAACCCCCAAUGGAGGAGACUCUUGUCUUAUCCUAAUGGUAAUCCCAAGCCUCCCCCCUCCCUGUAUCAAAUCAAAAUCCUGUCACUCCCCCUGAAGGUGUCUCAUUUCGGUAAAUGGCACUUUUCAUUUUAAACAUUAAAGAAAAACCUUCCAAGCUCUGCAA